GGAGGCCGCCGCGUCGCCUUGGAAACGGCCCCCAACUCAGUGUAGUGAGGAGCAAGAUGGCGGCUGGGGAGCCGGGCGAUUUGGGCGUCUACAGCUUCAGAUUCCUGCCUCAGAAAACCUUCCAGUCUCUGAGCACCCCGCAGACCACCAGUCGGCUCCGCCAGUGGUCUAUGCUGGGUAGAAUCGAGGCGCAGGCGUUCGGGUUUGACCAGACGUUUCAGACUUAUCGCAAGGAUGAUUUCAUUAUGGCCUUUUUCAAAGAUCCAAAUGUUAUUCCCAAUUUGAAGUUACUUUCAGAAUCUUCUGGAGAGUGGAUUACAUUAGGAACUGAAGUGAAAAAAAUUGAAGCUAUAAACGUUCCUUGCACACAGCUUUCAAUGUCAUUUUUUAAUCGGUUAUAUGAUGAAGCUAUUGUACGAGACAAUGGAUAUAUUGUUAAAUGUCUAGAUUCUUUUUGUGAUCCCUUCCUUAUUUCUGAUGAGUUACGAAAAGUUUUGCUAGUGGAAGACUCAGAAAAAUAUGAAGUAUUCAGCCAACCAGAUAGAGAAGAGUUCCUGUUUUGUCUUUUCAAACAUCUUUGCCUUGGUGGAGCUCUUUGUCAAUAUGAAGAUGUAAUUAGUCCAUAUCUGGAAACAACAAAGCUUAUCUAUAAGGAUCUAGUGAGUGUUCGGAAGAAUCCUCAAACCAAGAAAAUACAAAUUACCUCUUCUAUUUUUAAAGUUACAGCAUAUGAUUCUGUUGGUGUGUGCUACCCUUCAACAAAGAGUCACGAACAGACAUUUUCUUACUUUAUUGUGGAUCCUUUCAAGCGUCAUGUUCAUGUUUUAUACCACUGUUACGGCAUGGGGGAAGUGUCUUAAUAUUUUUUCAGGUUAUCUAUACUUACUCUUUUUUCUUUAACAAUUUUUUAUUUUAACACUGAUUUACAGAUAGACAUUUACUCUGCAAGUUAAUUCAAGUAAAAUGUAAAGAACCUGCAUAGAGCAGAAGAAAAUACCAAGAUGCCUUUCUUUAAAUCUUUGUGAAAUACCAACACAGGAACCAAAUUUUACCCCUAACAUAAUCUACACUGGUACAGUUAUGGAAUUUUUACAGAAAGUCACAAAGAACUAAAAAUCUUUUUCAUAUUUGUUACAUUAAGUUUCAAGUGAGUCUUCAAUAUUCCAUGUAUUUUAUUUUAGAAGCCAGUUAAUUCUGGAUUGAAAUUGUGAAAGAAAACUAAACAUGUCUAACCGUGAAUCAUUCAUGUGAAUCGUUAGCUUUUAAAAUUUAAGUUUCAUUUAAUUAUGUUUCUUCAUUGCAUGAAGAUUUAUGUUUCUGGAACUGUGAAAAGCAUAACAAUUCCUUUGUUUCAUUUGUCCCACUUAAAAUUCUCAAUAAAAGAAAAUGUUCUGAGCAUAA